AUGACAACGGCAUUACCCCUAGAUCAUGUCGCUCUUCGGUCCGGCACGCCGGCUGAAGUUGCCCAAUACCUGCGCGGUGUGCGUGCUAGCACCACCGACCCUGCGCCCAUCACAACCCAGUUACAUGACGCUGUUGCGCAGGGCUCAAUUCCCCAUGCCGUUUUCGCCCUAUGGACUCCCCUCCAUCGCGAUGCGAGAUCUACCGUCGCCGGACUACAACAGUCCGAAUGUCUUCUCGAGAGGAAGACCGCGAUCAAGACCUUCGUCAAGGCUACGCGGUCGGCCGUGACGAUGGAUGAGAUUUGGAAUGUUGCUGGUGGCACCCCUGGCAUCGCGGCACUCAUGAGCAAUCUCAGCACCGAUGAGAUCAAGCAUUUGUGCAACGGCCUCGCCAAGACUGCCUCACUGUGCGGCAGCCGUCCUGAGAGACACGCUAGAUUGACUGAGCUUGUCGAACUCCUGUUAAGCCAAGAGAACCCGGAUCCCCGGCCAUUGCAGAUGUGCUACAAGCGUAUCCUGCCUGCCUGCACGACAAAGAAGGUGGCUGAGCAUGAGGAAAGUCGUCCGUCGUGGUCACAGAGACAAAAGGCAAUUAUUCUGCGCGCUCAUUCUGCACUCUAUGAGACGAGGUUUCUGGACACUUUGCUUUCAGUGGAGACUGACGAAGUUGACUUCAAUGCUUGGAAACAGUUGGUCAAUAACAACCCGGGCUUCGCUAAGGAUGUUCUCUCCAAAGUCCUCGAAGCCGAUGGGCCCCUGCCGAUGAAGCCAGACGACUUCGUUAAACUAGCCGAGGACAUCACCAAGCCUCUGCAUCGUCGUCGGUCAUCGACUGAGAAGAACCUGGCUUUGGAGAUAUUAGAGGAUCUCGUCGCGAUUUUCGAGAAGCACUCUGACCUGACGGAGUAUCUCAACGUCGAACCAAACGGGGUAUUGCUCAAUGUCGUCAAAUUCUGGGAGCACGCUCGCAGUACCAGGCCGAGGAUCCAGCGACACCUUGUCAAGUUGAUUGGGCUGGUCUACCAAUCCUACUUCAAGUCCGCCAAAAAUGUCACCGACAUGGUUCAAUCCGUCCACCCGGCUGUUUCGUACCGACUGUUCCGACUCACGAUCCAAAGCUCCACAUACCAUAGUUUCGAUAUUGAGGAGGACGCAGACGUAUCCAAGGCCUCUUUCAAGAAGCUGAAGGGCCCUUGGCCUGUAGAUCUGUUCACUGCAUUCGCUGACGACGAUGCGGAUGCAUCUCUCCGUCUCUUCCGAAAACUCAUCUCAACCUUUCCGGAGUCCCAAUUUCUCGUCUGCUCUUCGCUGUAUAGAUGCUCCAUCGUUGAGUCUGCGCGGGAACCAGAGACCGACAAAGGUGACCCAUAUAUACUCGAGGCUUCUCUUGUACAUGCGUCAUCAAGGGAAGCAAACAGCUCCGGUUCGAAGACAUCAAGCCUUGUCAAGCAAAGAUUGCAAGACUGCAAGGACAAUGCCGCCAGGGCCCGAGACUGGGUCUUUCGACAAGGAUGGGCCACGAUCGCCCUCAAUCUCAGUGUCGCGACGGGUUCUUUCGAUGUCUUUGCGGACACCAUUGUCUGGGCUCGUCGUUUCAACAAGGAUCCAAACGCCGUGAAGCAGCUCUACUCAUACAACAACUUUCCGACCAUCGAAGCUACCGACUUGCUCAGCGGUAUUCCCUCAUUCCCUUUCCGCCUUGAAAACCCGAAGACUGGCAUCAAGCAGAGCGUUGAGUCUGGCAACAGAAUCUUGAUGCAAUUGCUCGAGACAGCUGUGAUGGCCCUCCGAGAGCCCAGCUUUCAGCAAUAUGACUGGAGUUGCAUCACCUCGUUCCCAGAAAAGGUCAUUGAGAGGCGGCUUGUCCGCGCCAACAAACUCCAGAGAGCACCUCAUUCCUUGAGCGACGAUGAGGUAUUCGACUUUCUUUGGAAGCCAACGAUAGAGUUCCUGAUUGAGGCAGAAAGGUACCUACUGCAGCCCAAUAUGGAACGGCUCUACCCUCGCGAAAUCAAGGGUCUCAUUCACAGCAUUGACUUCGACUUCGCCAACAACUUGCGACCACACUCGGCGAGAUUCCUGGACAUCCUUGCCCAAGAACGGGACAAAUUGUGGAAGGAAUACCGGCCCCGCCACUUUCCAGCAGUCCAUGACUUGGAAACGCCUUGGCCUCGAGGGCUGCCAGUGCAAUAUCUUUGUCCCCGUGAGGUGGCGAGCGCGAUAGAUCUCCCCUACGUGUGUGCAAGAAUCGAGGCUGUUGUGUUCGGUACACCGGACAUCCUCCUCCGAGAACCACCAACUGACACAGCGUUACGAGAUGCAAUAGGCCCCUGUAUUGAGGACUACUGCUAUGCUUUGAAGACCUAUGUCAACACCGCGUCCGAUGCUUCUGAGAGAGAUACGCGUAUUCGAAAGGCAUGGCGCCACGCAGUUGAUAAUCUCUCUGGGGAUCAUAUGACCAAGUCAGAGUCCCUAGACUAUUGGUCUUACACUUUCAGCAGUCGGGCAAAUGUGAAGCUGCCCUUGGACGUGGAAUCCGAAGUCCCCGGACGUCUGGAGCCGGUUCUUCCUGAUGUCGAUGAUCCCGAUUUGCCGACCGAAUGGAAUCCUUAUCUGCAAUCAGACGGAAUCCUGUGGGACAAAGGUCCUAAUAAUGGACGAGAGAUUCCUGCUACUAUUGUCACCCAGAUGAUUAAUCACGGAGGUCCUUGGUUCGCACCUACUAUUAUCGACAAUCAGUCGCCAUGGGAUGAUGGCGUCUGGCUGGAACCGCCUACCCAUACAUGGAACUUCUGGCCCAUGAAAGGCGACUUGCCCGUUUCCUGGACAACGAAAGACGCAUACGCUGUCGCCCUUUUACUCUAUCUCAACACCCGUGAAGGGGCAGACAGUUCAAUACUGAAAUCCAGUUUCCCCUCCAAGGAUAUCGUCCGCUUCCCAGCAAUGUUCUUGGACCAAGACUGGCUGGAUAACGUCGGGUCCUAUGACUUUGAGGUCUACGACGGCAGCAUCGACCUCGUCAUGUUCGCACCUGUUUCACUUGUGGCCGAAGUAGCACAGUCUGUUCUUCAGGACGUCGAGGAGAAAGAGAGCUUUCAUCCCAAUGCAGUAAAACCAAUGGAUUUGGCUAUGCGGCUUGUGAGUAGGCUGGCUGGUAGUGAUCGGCCAUCCUUAGCUCUCCCAUUGAUCCAGAAGAUCGUCCUAGGUAGGCCCGAUGAUAGCGCUUGGCACCGAGAGCUGUUGAACAAGGGGCUGUUCUCCAAGCUUUCGCCGACAGACACGAAGACGUUCUUGCUGUCCAUUGCAGAUGGAAUAUUUAGCAAGCUUGGCCAGCAGGAUGUGAGGAACAAGGAAGAGGCCGAGCAGGAUACAGGUGGCAGCGACAGAAAGACUCCUUUGGUAAAGGUUACAACUGUGAAGAUGCUCGCCAAGCUCCUCAGCGACUCUCCUUUCUUGGACCCGAGGACCUCGCUUACUAUUCUCUCGCAUCUGCUUGACAAAGCUCGUCACAUUGACAUUCGUGUUGCCAUCAUCGAGAGCUUGUAUGGUGCGCUGGGGUCAAGCGCUGCUUCUGACGUAAAGGAUAACAUCCUGAUUUUACUUGAGAAGCAUGCCCUGCCACUAGCUGCAGGCUUCAAUGAGCGCGGCCCUGCCUGGGCAUCUUGGGAGGAGGUGGAAGCUGGUGAGCCGCUGCCGACAGUGUCGGCCAUCUCAGGGGACAAUGUUGUCCGUCAGAUCUUUGCAACCUGGGACUAUCGUUUCAUAGACGAUUUGGAUAUGAGGAAGAAGAUGGUCGCCUUGUCUUUGCGGGUGAUCGAAGAGUCCGCGAAGAAUCACCGUCAAUGGCUGGAACUCUUUCUCAAGAAACACAACCUCACUCUAUCCACCGAGGAGAAGCUGUUCAAUACACCUGUGGAUGCGGGGAUGCUUGCGUUGUUCGGAAGAAAUCCGGAAUUCCUCACACAUUCUGUCUUUGGGAUGAUCAUGGACACGCCCGACUCCUCAGGCUACGUUACGGUGGAAGUUCUUCAACAGUUUGCACGAGAACUCUUUGACUCCCUCGUCAGGAGCGGCGAUGUUGACUUCCUCGAAGAAGUCUUCCGAAGCAUGACCCCGAUGGAGAACAAUGAAGACAAUGUCGAAUCACUAGCACGCUGGAAGCUUAUUACACUGCCUAUACUCGAGGAGGUCAUCGCCAAAAUCGCCAAGUUGCGGACUCUGGAAUGGCAAAAGGACCUCAAACGUGAGCCGGCCAGACUCCCGGACACCUUCCGGUUGAAGUCGGCCUUGGUCGUGUUCCCAGUGAAUGAUGACGAGGAGGAAAUCUUCAUGAAAGACGUCAUGCGACUAAUCGAGGAGUUGGCACAAAUGAAGGGACCGUACCACAAGAAGUGGGAGUACUUCAAAACGAAGUCCAUGAAACCCUGUCGCGAUCGGAGGCGCCGCAUGUUUCACCUAGCUAAUCGCUUGGGUAGUCUUAACGGCGUCGAUCUUGACAGUCCUUCCUUGCCAGAUCAGCUCCGGGUUGAGCUUGCAGCGUUCCUGCUGGACAAGGGGCGCCCAUUUGUUGCCAAGGACCCGGAUGUUGUAGCUGGUCUGAAGGCCAUGCUGAGCGAAUGGGCAGAAUCUCCCAUCGAAGAGUUCCGGACCAGCGCCAUGGAGAUUGUGGACGGAUUCAAGAAGGCUGGCAAUGAUGAUUGGUUCACGAGAGGAGGGGGACUCGAUUGGGUCAAAAUUGAGACGGACGACAGCGACAGUAAGGAGGAUGUUGAGUAA